AUGAAUUUACAGCUUGCGAAAUGGAGACCAGAGCAACACAACAAGCACAGAGAGAAGCAACUUUACAGACAGUUUUUGAAGAAUGCAAGCCAAGGCCUUUCUUUCUCUGAUGAAGUUAUGCAUGAGAUGGGGGCCAUUUCAUACAGGACACAUGAUUUUACUUGGCUUUUCCAUGCCACAGGCUCUUUAAAGAAAAGUAAGAAACAUAAGAACAAAGAAUUACAUUGCAAUAUUAGUCCUCUAACCAAAAAUGAAGACAGGGUUUCAGUACAGGCUCCGGCAGUGAACACUACUGUAUCCUUUAGAACUGCUAGAGAUAAAAGCGAAGUGUACGAUGCCUUUAGAAGGAAAGGACAGGUCAGGGUGUUAAAUGUGCACUCCUGCCUGAAGGAAUCUUCUGCAGAGGAUAGGGAUAACCAGAGCAGGAGCAGCGGAUGGCAGGAGUUUGCACUGAAGAAGCUUGCCAAGACUACUGAACAGCAGUUUUCCAACCAGCAGAUCCCCAAACAGUGUCAAAAUAAGACUGGUCCACUUUUGUCUCUGAGGAAACAACACAAAGUGCGGGGUUGCAUAAAUAAGACAGCAACCACUGUGAAUAUCAUGCACACUGAGGUCCAACAGGCCCCUCGUCUACAGGAAAUCCCGAAUCCAUGUGUAAGCAGCCAGGUUUAUGAAAAAGAGAACAUUAUUGAAGAAGAGAGCUUGUCAGCAGGAACAGGAAGAGCUAUGAGAGAGAUACAGCAAAAGGUGGAUUUGCCCAUCAGAACUGACAUGUUGGACAAUGACCCCAAGGUGGAUCGCAAACCUUCUGACUUAAUCAGACAGGGUCCCAAGACGGCAAGACAGCAGCUGCAUGUCAAGCCUGUGGCUGAACUUUCCACUCUUCGCUAUGCAGUGGACAACUGGAGGACUUCCUGGAAAAUCAAGUUGCCCUGGCAGAGUGUGACAAUUAAGGGCCUAAAGAGGGCUCUUAAUGACCCUCAUUACUCUGUGCGGCUGGAGGCAAUUAUAACUUGUGCAUCAGGAGCAGUUAAUGGACCACAAGAGGAGCCUCGCCCAGGCAAAGUAGCUCAACAUGGUAAGGCAUCGAAUCUACAUGCAGUAUCUCAGGAACUGCAGCCUCUCAUCGUCUCAGCUCUGGAUGACCCAGUGAAGAGAGUUCAGAUGGCUGCUGCAGUGUGCCAGUAUGCUAUGAGGACACCUAACUUACGCGCAAGAGACAUACUACAAAACACAUUGAAACAAGACCCUUCAGGCACAGGUGCAGACAGCUGGGUGGCAGCUCAGUGCCUGGCCAUAGAGGGUGACACGAGACAAGCUGUCAUACAGAGACUUCUUUCACAGCACUUCAUCAGUGACUCACCAUCAGAUCAGGAGCAGUCUAUGACUUUACUCUCCAGCAUUAGCAGGAAGACUACUGUAGUGCGCUCUCUGCUGGCUGAGGAGUUAAACAGUGCUAACUGGAAAACUCGAGUUCAGGCCUGUCACAGCAUUGCACAACUCAAUUUUCCUAUCAAUAAGGAUAUUUGCAACAAACUGAUGUACAUAAUGUGGAAUGACUGGAGCCCUGCUGUUCGUCAGGCUGCAGCUCAGGCUCUUUGUAAACUGGAUGUUGGCAGAGAGUUGCACAAUGAUUUGAGUGUGAAGCUGAAAGAGGGUCCAACAGCUUGCAGGGUGGAAGCGCUGGUGUUCAUUGGUCAGCUCAGUAUAAUGACACCCAAGCUACUGCCCACUUUCCUGCAGUGCUUUAAGGAUGACUUUGUGGCUGUGCGCCUGCAAGCUUGCUUGACUGCAGCAUCUCUAAAGAUGGAAGAUCAGUUGAUCCUGGAUCAUUUAAUGAACUUGAUGCAGAAUGACCCAUCAUGGGAAGUGAAAGUAGAAGCAAUUAAUGCUUUAGGAAUAAUAGGUUGCAUGACCCAAGCUCUCCAUGAGUUGUUGAUCUGGGCACUUCACCAUGAGGAGGAACCCAGAGUGCGCAUCGCUGCCUGCGAGGUCAUGAGCACUUUAGAAGCACAAGGCCAAGAGUUACAACAUUUCCUACAAGAGCGCUAUGCACUGGAACACAACACUGAUGUUCAAAGGCACAUUGAAGGACUUCUGCGAAAAUAUGGAUACAGUCUGGAGGGAGACAAAAGCAAGAUUGAUGAGAUAAAGCUCCAGGUGAAGCUGUUGUGUAAAAAACACGUCAUUGCAGAGAAAAUGCUUUUAAUGAAUGAAAUGGAAAAGCAGCAACAACAGCAGAAACUAUUGUACUGAAUGUACUGUUCUGCUCCAUCCAUGACAGUUUCACAGGAUUCCUCCACUCCCUGUCUCGAGCAUUGCGCCCGCCCCCUAAUAAAAAUAAAUAAAUAAAUGGAUUGUGUGUGG